GUCGACACCUCUGUGCGUGUCGUCGCAGUCGUGGGAAGAGUUGAGAGCGCGGAGUCGAUGGCGAGCGGGGGCAGCGGCGGGGUGGAGCUGCCGCGGAAGGAGGCGAACGUGCUGAAGGGGCACGAGGGGCCGGUUUUGGCCGUCCGGUUCAACGGGGACGGGAACUAUUGCCUCAGCUGCGGCAAGGACCGCACCCUCCGCCUCUGGAAUCCCCACCGGGGCAUCCACAUCAAGACAUACAAGUCGCACGGGCGCGAGAUCCGUGACGUCCAUGUUACCUCGGACAACGCGAAGCUGUGCUCCUGCGGCGGUGAUCGCCAGAUAUUCUACUGGGAUGUCUCCACCGGCCGCGUCAUCCGCAAGUUUCGAGGCCACGACAGUGAGGUGAAUGCUGUGAAGUUUAAUGCGUAUGACUCAGUCGUAGUGUCGGCUGGCUAUGAUCAAUCCGUUCGUGCGUGGGAUUGCAGAUCCCAGAGUACAGAGCCCAUUCAGAUCAUUGAUACAUUUCAAGACAGCGUGAUGUCUGUUUGUUUGACAAAAACUGAAAUUAUUGCUGGAAGUGUUGAUGGAACUGUUCGCACGUUUGACAUACGAAUUGGGAGAGAAUUAGUUGACAAUUUGGGGCAGGCUGUCAACUGUAUUUCAUUGUCGAAUGAUGGCAAUUGUGUCUUAGCAAGUUGCUUGGAUUCAACUCUACGUCUUCUGGACAGGUCCACUGGAGAACUUCUACAAGAGUACAAGGGCCAUACCUGCAAGUCUUACAAGAUGGAUUGUUGUCUAACCAACACUGAUGCACAUGUUACUGGUGGAUCCGAGGAUGGGACAAUUUUCUUCUGGGAUCUAGUAGAUGCAUCUGUAGUUUCAAGUUUCAAAGCUCAUCGCUCUGUGGUCACGAGUGUGAAUUAUCAUCCAAAAGAAUGUUGUAUGCUUACAUCAUCUGUUGAUGGCACGGUGCGCGUAUGGAAACCAUGAAACAGGUGGAUCAAUUUAAGUACGAAUCUACUGUUGAUGGCACAGUGCGUGUAUGGAAACCAUGAAUGAAAUAGGUGGAUCAAUUUCAGUAUGAAUCUAGUGUCCCCUUCUGAUAUCACUCGUGUGGUUGACAAGCUCAGAUCUCACCUUUACGUUCUUGAAGCAUGCCGUGGCACUCCGCACCCUUGUUUUCUAGAUACACUAGGAAGGCCAGGUUUGAACCUAUCACCAGGAACACUAGUGAGCUGGUGGAUUAUUUAACAUGAUUACCUUGGUAUCUUGAGAUGCUGUAGAACUAACAUAGAAGUAAUUGUUUUAAUGUAGUAUUUAUUUCAUAUACUGUACCUAUGACAUGCAAAAUAACGCCAUUGCUUCCUUCUUUGGCAGAGAAAAGAAUCAUUGCUUAAUUGUUUUC